AUGAGAUUCUCCUCAGUUGUCCUUGCUCUCUUUGCGCUAGCCUCAACUGGCCUGGCAGACAAAUCCUGUACCCCUAGCUUCGACUACUGCUCUGAUGUCUUGAUCGCGUCUAAAGGCUUCACUGAGGCGGAUCUGGAGGAUGUCCUGAAGGGCACCGACCUCGAAAAUGAGGAUGUCGCGAACAUUCUCUUCCAUUGCACAAACCCCGGCAUUGUUGGCCACCCGAAGCUAUGCAGUAGUGGAUGCAAGGAUCCGGCCCAAGAGGGAAGCCACCAGUGCGAUGGGUAA